AUGGACCAGCAACUGAAGAAACGGGGAAAGACACCUAGCCAGAAAGGCCUGGGUAGAAGAGCUGCCAGUAGGGGCAAGUCGCUGCCAGCCCAGCAGGAACCUUCUGACACGACAUGGAUCUUACGUGAUGACGAUGUCUCACUUCUUGAAUGUUCCUUGGAAUACAUGAAAAGAGACGCAAAACAAGAACUUCCUCAACAGAUUGUUGGAGAGAAUCCACUUCUUGAGUUUUCUGAGUACAAGCCAAGCAAGAAGCUUCCACCCGGAGGAAUACCCAACGCGGACUUUUCAGAACCUAAACAGUUCAUGGGAUGCACAAGAAGGAAGCCAAGUACAAAUAAAGAAUAUGGUGCUCCAGAAAAACAUGUCUGUCCUCAAGAUGGAUGCAUAAGAGAGUUCAAGAAUAAAACAUCCCUGAGAAAGCAUCUUCGAGUUCAUAAUCCCCGAGAUCAUGUGUGUGCAGAAUGUGGGAAAGCCUUCAAGGAAAGUGCAAAGCUAAAAAGACAUUUUCUGGUUCAUACUGGAGAGAAGCCAUUUCCAUGCACUUUUGAAGGGUGCGGAAAACGCUUUUCCCUGUCCUUCAACUUGCGUACACACGUGCGCAUCCACACUGGGGAGAAACCUUUUGUGUGUCCUUUUGUAGGCUGUCGCAAGAAAUUUAUUCAGUCAAAUAACAUGAAAGCCCACCUCUUGACUCACGCAAAGGCCAACAGGAGUCUGUGA